AUGAAAAGUGGUAGUCAACGAUUACGUUGGAAUCUUGUAUUCAAUCUUCUUCUAUGGCUUGUUAUUCCACUUCCGUUGUGGGUUCCAUUUGUUUCGAAUCAAGUUGCUUUAUAUCUACUACCAUCGAUACAAGGUGUUUUCGUUUUCAUGUGGCUCAUUAUUGCAGUAUUGGCGAUGAAAAAUGUCCUGAUCUUGUAUGUGAAUCGAUCACGUAAUUAUACGGAAAAGAUCUUUAAUCUUGAGAAGGAACGUAUUCGUCAUAUUGUUGCCAUCAGCUGUUACAAAGAACCAAUCGAAUUGAUUGCAACAAGUAUUCAAUCACUGGCCAAUCAGACUGAAGUGCAUCGAAUAACUAUGGUGAUCUCCUUUGAACAGAAAACACCUGAUAAUGAAGAGAAAUGUAAAUAUUUACAAAAUAAAUUCAGAGAUGAUGGAUUUGAGCGAAUUAUAUUUACUAUUCAUCCAUAUGGUGUAGCAAACGAAAUUCCGGGCAAAUGUUCGAAUUCCAAUUAUGGACUUCGAAUGGCUGUUAGUCAAAUGAAUGUUGCUGAUGAUGAUAUGAAAAAUAUUCUGGUGACAACAUGUGAUGCUGAUUCAAAGUUUCCACCAGAAUAUAUUGCUUCAUUGACUUGGAAAUAUUUACAAGAGAAUCAACCAGCAUUGACAACGAUCUAUCAAUCGCCUUUAUUUUACAAUUGGAAAUUAGAUACUUUAUCAUUUGUAACACGUGUUACGGGACUUUUACGAACUUUAUUGAUGCUUGGUGCCUUAAUUCCAUUCAAUAUCAAUACGAUGAGUAUCUUUUCAUACUCACUCAGUCUAGCUAAAAGAGGCAACUUUAUUCAUCCGAGCUAUCAAAUGGAUGAUAUUAUUUGUCUAAUUCGAUGGAUGGGUGUAACACAAAAACGUCUUCGAAUUUCGAUGAUUCCUGUACCAGUAAUAAGUGGACCCACGUCAGGUGAAACAAUUGAAAUCGAAAUAAUGGAAUGGGCAAGACAAGCACGCCGUUGGACUAUCGGAGCAGCGGAAGUCUUCCAUUAUUUUAUUAUUAAAGCAAAGUAUAUGCCGAGAUUAGCGGCUUUUUCUUGGGGCUUUGUUUUCGUUAUCUAUUAUGGAAUUUUGUUAUGCACUGGUGGUUUAUUCGGUUUGACAUCGAUGCUAUCAAUGUAUUUAAUCGUCAAAAAUGUUUCACCAAUAAUUAAUUAUGUCAUGUAUGGUCUCUUGGGUUUACAAAUGUUCACAUUUCUAGUUGCAUUUAUUAUUGAUGGAUUCAUAGUUCGAUUGAUCAAUGUUCACCAAUGUAUUUGUAUUCUUCGCAAUGCAUUUCAUUUUAUAUCAACACCGUUUGUUCUGUUAGCUUAUUCACUGGUGGAACUUUAUGCAUUACAUGAAGUUGUUAUAUUCGGCAAGAAAGUGUGUAAACAUGGAGCAUCAGCAAAGGAUGUCUUAAGCUAA